UAUAGUGCUGCGAUUCAGCGCCGGCUUUUACUCCUCUCGUGCGCCAGUCGAUCAUUACAGCAGUUCGUGUGCGGGACAGUACCAACAUUCUUCAUUUCCAGCAUUCUGGUCUAAUGGGAAAACUCUUUGUAAAUGCGUUUUAAGAAUUCUUGCUUGAGAGAAGUACACACUGGCCCUGGCCUUGAGGCUUAUCUGAAAGGAUUCAACUUCACUGGUGAACCUCCUUGGCUGUCCGACAUCUGUUAGCCACCUUAUAAUUCCAUCUCUUCCGUUCAUCUGUUUCUUUUGCAAUCAAAUCUUGAACAAACACCAUGACCACUUUGACUGGAUCAGACUUUGACUUCACCUUCCUGGAGGAGGGAUUCUGUGCACGUGAUAUCGUGGAACAGAAGAUCAAUGAGUCAUCGUUAUCAGAUGACAAAGAUGCCUUCUAUGUGGCUGACCUGGGUGACGUCCUGAAGAAGCACCUUCGCUGGUUACGCGUUUUACCCCGUGUCACACCAUUCUAUGCAGUGAAGUGCAAUGACAGCAAGGCUGUUGUCACGACAUUGGCAUCUCUGGGAGCUGGAUUUGACUGUGCGAGCAAGACUGAGAUCCAGAUCGUGCAGUCUGUGGGUGUGGAGCCAAGCAGGAUCAUCUAUGCCAACCCUUGCAAGCAGGUGUCUCAGAUCAAAUACGCCUCUGCUCAUGGAGUCCAGAUGAUGACAUUUGACAGUGAAGUGGAGCUCAUGAAGGUGGCACGAAGCCAUGACAAUGCCAAACUGGUUCUCCGUAUCGCCACUGACGACUCCAAGGCAGUGUGCCGGUUAAGUGUGAAGUUUGGCGCCACGUUAAAGAGCAGUCGGCUGUUGCUGGAGAGGGCGAAGGAGCUCGGGCUGGACGUGAUUGGAGUCAGUUUCCAUGUGGGCAGCGGCUGCACUGAUCCUGAGACAUACAGUCAGGCAAUAUCAGAUGCACGCUGCGUUUUUGACAUGGGGGCAGAGCUGGGAUAUCAAAUGACCCUGCUUGAUAUUGGCGGAGGCUUUCCAGGCUCGGAUGACACCAAACUGAAAUUUGAAGAGAUCGCUGCUGUGAUUAACCCUGCACUGGAUAAGUACUUCCCUGUUGACUGUGGUGUGAGGAUCAUUGCUGAACCUGGCCGCUAUUAUGUGGCAUCUGCUUACACGCUGGCUGUCAACAUCAUUGCCAAAAAGGUCAUCAUGAAGGAGCAAUCAGCCUCAGAUGAAGAAGAGGAUGGGGCCAAUGACAGAACCCUGAUGUACUACGUGAAUGAUGGUGUUUAUGGUUCCUUCAACUGCAUUCUGUAUGACCAUGCGCACGUCCUGCCAACUCUGCACAAGAAACCCAAGCCUGAUGAGCGCAUGUACCCAUGUAGCAUGUGGGGCCCGACCUGCGAUGGGCUUGACCGCAUUGUGGAGCAGUGCAACCUGCCUGACCUGCAGGUGGGCGACUGGCUGCUGUUUGAGAACAUGGGUGCCUACACUGUAGCCGCAUCCUCCACUUUUAAUGGCUUCCAGAAACCCGAUAUUUAUUACAUUAUGUCCCGAACAGCCUGGCAAUGUAUGCAGCAGAUCCGUGCCCAGGGGAUUAUACUUCCUGCUGAGGAGCAGUGCACUGGAAAUGUGCCAUCCCACUGCGGACGCGAGAGCACAUUGGAUGUGCCAGCCAAGCCGUGCCCUACUCAAGUGCUGUGACGCUUUUCAACGCAGACUACCAGAGCAAGAGCCAGUUCUCAUUCAGACAGCGGUUUAACAUAGUUCUCCAGUGAUUUACACCCAAACCCUGUCUUGAAGUCCAGAAUAUUCAAAUAUGUGCUAUUGAAUAACAACAGCUUGAUUUUUAUUCUAAAUGCAGCUCUUUUUCCUCUGUUUGUAUAAGUUUCAAAUGCUUAAAUCUGAAAAACGCACAGAAAGGCUCACAGUCCUGUGGCUGUUUAUUUCUUUCUUUUUUUUUAUUUUUAAGUAAUUUUUUUUAUAUGUAUAUGUAUACGUAUAUACUUGUAAAAUAUGAAGCCAGAUACUUGACUGGAGGAUAUGAGGGAGGUUUAAAUGUAUGUCCAGUUUUCUGUGUGUUGGAGAAAGGUUUAUUCCUGAAGUGACUCCCCCUUUUAUACAUUAAAAUGGAAACUCAUGCUAUAUUCUGUUAAGUGUUAAGAGAUUGCUGGGAGGACAUUUCAUGAAUUAGCUGUUUUUCAGUCUUUGAAAAUGAGAUCUUCACACAGACUCAUACAGAUUUCCUCCUCCUCAGUGACCAUUUCCAUUUUAUACUUGAUUAAUAAGUUAAUAUUAAUAAUAUUUUUGACCUGAAAUGUAUGCCACUGAUGCAUUUGAAAUGGAUAUGAAAGAGAUGGGAUUGCAUCUGUAUUGCUUUCCUAUGGAAACUUUUUUUUUUUUUUUUUUUUUUUUUUUUUUUUAAGUUUUGUAUUUUUAUAUAAAUAAAGUUAGCUGUAAAAAAUGUU